AUAAAGUUGCUUCAAACAAACACGGUGACGUCACUCUGCAAUGGCAGCCAGCAGUACUGCAGUGUCAGUUCUGAGCCCGAACGGACGGAGACAGACCGUUAAAGUCUCCCCAAACACACCUUUACUGCAGGUCCUGGAGGAAGUCUGUAAGAAACAGGGAUUCAAUCCAGACGACCAUGGACUCAAGUUUCAGAGGAAUGUGCUGGAUCUGACACUGCAGUGGAGGUUUGCCAGCCUGCCAAAUAAUGCCAAGCUGGAGGUGGUGCCAAGUACCCGGCAGCUGGGAGGGACAGAGAGCACGGUGCGGAUCGCGCUGCAGUUGGAGGAUGGAUCUCGUCUCCAGGGUUCUUUCUCGAGUGGCCAAACCCUGUGGGAACUGCUCAAACACUUCCCACAAACCAGGAUAACAGAUCUGGAUGCAGCAGGACCCACACCAGUGUGUGUUUACAUGAGAGAUGAGAUCAGUGGACAAGACGCUCUACAGAAGACCACUCUGAGGUCACUGGGGCUGACUGGAGGCAGUGCCAUUCUAAGGUAUGUAGUGAAAACAAGUAACACACUUGGGAAUGGUGAACCCAUGGAGAAUGCUGCAACUCCUACUGACACCAUUGCCACAGCAACUGCAUCCCAGCCAACUCCCGAGCACCUUGAGGCACCCAGUGGGGCGUCCACUGCUGUUAACCCCCCACUUCCUGAUAGGCCAGAUGAGCCCACACCUGCCCCUGUUCCAAUGGAGACCCCCAGCCCACCCUUACAGAGCUCUGAAGCUGCUUUCGCCCACACAAGCCAAACACUUCCUGUUCAAAAGGAAGAGGCGGAGCCAUCUCAAGACCAACACCAAGCUGUACGGCCCAAAAUCAGGCAGGUGGAUAACAAGGGGCAUCAGGAUUCCAAGGCAGAGCUUCAGAUGGAUGACGAACAGCCAGGGCCAUCCCACGCCAAGUUACCCCCACACAGUAACUUUGUGCCUUUCUCUGGUGGUGGACAGCGGCUCGGAGGGUCUGGUGGGCUUCCUCCAUCUUCCUCCUCAUCCUCUUCCUCAUCGCCAGUCUUCAGUGGUCCGCCAAAAGCCAAGAAGUCCAAACCCAGUCAUGAAGUUAAGAGUUCGGCUAGUGCCAAAUUUGGAGCAAAGGAUUCAGAGGAAAGGGAGGAAUAUUUGGAGCCGGUGCACAGGGAGCCACUCAUCUACCAUCUGGACACAGCCCGACGCACCAGCGCUGAGGAAGACCUGACGGAUGAGUUCUUUGAAGUGACCGUAGAUGACGUGAGGAAGAGGUUCUCACAGCUGAAGAGUGAGAGGAGGUUGUUAGAGGAGGCCCCUCUGAUGACUCAGGCUCUGAGAGAGGCUCAGAUGAAGGAGAAAAUGGACAGGUAUCCCAAGGUGGUCUUAAGAGUCCAGUUCCCUGAUCGUCAAGUUCUCCAGGGCUUUUUCAGACCACAGGAAACAGUUGCUGCAUUAAAGCAGUUUGUGCAAGCUCAUCUACAGGAUCCAGAUCUGCUCUUCUACCUGUUCAUCGCCCCUCCUAAGACUGUGCUGAAUGACCCCAAUGCUACACUAUUUCAGGCCAACCUCUUCCCCGCUGCUCUGGUGUACUUUGGCUCGGACGCGAAGACAGAGUGCUACCUGCGUGGUGUUCUACUAGACAGCAGUGUUUCUGCUCUGAAGGCUGAUGAGCUCAUCGCAAGCUGCAUUCCCAGGUCUCCAGCUCCAACCUCCUGCUCUCAGCCCCCUCAAGACUCUGUCCCGCUGGAGCCCAGCAAACCCUCCAGUAUUCAGCCAGGCCCAGAGGACACUUCAGACCCUGAGAGCCAGGCAGUCAAACCUGCACGCACUGACCCUGCCAAGGUGCCCAAAUGGCUCAAACUACCAGGUAAGAAAUAAUGCAGACAUGGAGCCACUAGAAGAUGUCUUAAAAAAUAAUGUAAGAAUGGAUUCCUCAACAGAAGAAAGCCACUUCAGAUUGUGCUUAAUAGAUUCAUUCAUAAAUGUAUGUAAUUCAUGAAAUUGGUUCUCAUAGUUGCCAAUGCAAAUAGAGCCAAAUCCAUAGUUUUGCAAUAAACUAAUGGGAUGCUUUGUUAAAUAAAGCUAAUGUGUCCGCU